AUGCCAACAUACCAUGAUUUGCCUCAUGACGAAUUUCUUGUCAUCAAAAUCUGUAAAGGAUUAAGACCAAAGUUUAAAAGGAAAGUACCACAAUUGUUAAAACAGAUGAUUAAUCGAUGUUUAGAUGCAAAUCCAUUAGCACGUCCAACCGCUGGUGAAUUAUGCAUAAUUUUCCAAAAUUGGAUUAAUGAAGUUUUGAGCAAAAGAGAUGCAGAGUUUGCUAUGCAAUAUAAUGAGGUAGUGGAACUCAAUGAAAAUAUUGAACCAAAUACUAUUUCCAGUCCUCAAGCGGUUUACAUAAGUAGGCUCCUUGAUUUCGAUAACCUUCCUGAACCCCAGAAUUCCAAAUUAAUUAAUAAUGAAUUUCAUUUAGUUAGUGAAACUUUAG